CACUCAUCCUUCCACCCCUCAGUUCCUCCUCUUUGAGGAAAGGGCCUCCCCGCUCUCUGCCGUGUCUGUGACUGGCCUGAGACCCCCCUGGGGCAGGAGGGGUGGUUGUGGAGGGAAAGAGCCCAGAGUUAGGAGGUGGAAUGUGGGGUCCCACAGCUGCCCCCUUUCUAACUCCCUGCUUCCUCCUUUGCCCUCCUUGGCCCAGCUGGGCCAGGAUGGGGGUGGGGGUAGCAAUGGGCACGCUCUGUCUGCAGGAAGCCAUGCUAGACAGAAGGGGCCACUCCCUCUCUGUCUCCCUUGUCCCCGCACAGACACUGCCUUCCUCUCAGGGCUGUGCUGGGCUUUCUGCUGAGCAGUGUUGGGUGAGGCAGGUGGGCCCAGGGGGGUGGGAAGGGCUGUCAGAUGACCAGUGCUGUGUGUGGGUUGGGGCCCCUGCUGCGAACACAUCCCUGCCCACCAUGCUGGCAACUGGGAUCCCCUCCAUCCCAUCCCAGACCCUGGGAACCCAGUGUUAUCCAGCAGGGGAGGGUGAAGGACCCACACUCAUUCCUGAAGAGCAGGGAGCUUGGAGAGGGGAGGGAUGCUGGCUGAAGACACCUGGGCCUCUGUCCCAGCAGGACAACAGGAGGGCCAGUGUCACCUUCUGCUCCUUUCCCUGCUGUGGGUGGCAGGGGUCCCUUUACCUCAUUCUUGACCCUUCCCCAGGGACCUUGACCCCCUUACCCCACCCCCCAUCACCUCUCUGUCCUGAAGUGAGGGUUUGUCACCGUCCAUGGCAAGGUGUGGUGCCUGGUGGGCUCCGUAACCUGCCCUCUCUCUGGGUGUUUAUUCCGCAGCAGAGAGGGGCCUGUGGUCUAAGCGUAAUGGUGGAAAUCCAGGCUUCCUUCCAUGGCCCAAGGAGGCCUUUCUAGAGCAAUAGAGUUUUCCUGGGACUUGGCCUGGCUUUUGUUAAGGCAGGUCCUAGAUUUACUCAGAAGAUGGGCCCCGGAGAGGAGGAGAGGAAAGAAAUAUCUGUCAGUCAAACAUGAAACCCACUGAUGACACUGCCUGGCAGAGCUGCCGCUGGUCAGCAGUUACCCUUCACCCCCCAGCUCCCAAGUCCUCUUCCUGAGGGAACCGGCCCUGCUUUAUGGAAGGCUCCACCUGUGUUCCGCACCCUGGGUCCAUGGUCCCUCACCUGUCACAUGGGGCAAUGGUCACCCUCCCUCUCUGCCUGCCCUGCAGGAUACACUGAGAUGAAGGUCAGGAAAUCUACUGGCUGCAGAGCCAGGGGCCAUGCAGGAGUGAGGGACGGUCUGGUCAAGUUGAGGCUCUGCCCCCGCCUCAGUUUCCCCACACAGGCAUGAGACUGUCUUCCUGACUCUCAGAGGACAGGGCUGAGAUGGGAUGAAGGAACCCAGGGAAAGCAUUUAGCACCUCUGAGUGCUGUGUGGAUGCGACCUGGAGGGUCCUGGCAAUCCACUCUUUAAUUCUAUCUGGCCUGUGCAUCCUCCUACCUCCAGUUGCCCUGUGGGGGCCUUUCACAGGGCCUGGCUUGUGGAUGUGGGGUUUGGCGUAGGGCAGUGUUUCUCACAUGGGAAGUGCACUGGGAUUCUUCAGGUUGGGGUGGGGCCUGCGGUUCUGCAUUUCUAAUCAGUUGCCUAGGACUGGCUCUAAUUCUUGUUGAAUUUAGAAUCACUUGUGGAAUUAAGAAAAACAUACUGGGCCAGGCAUGGUGACUCAUUCCUGUAAUCCCAGCACUUUGGGAGGCCGAGGCGGGCAGAUGACCUGAGGUCAGGAGUUCGAGACCAGCCUGGCCAACAUGGUGAAACCCCAUG